CCGUUGCUCUUUGGGGAGUGGCUAAUGAGGUGUUAGAAGAAUGAUUUCUUUAUGAUAUCUUUAUCAUGGCGAGAUACUCCUCAUAUAGCCUCGCUUUAAACUCCUCGUUAGAGUUAUAGCCUCCCUAUCUGGCGGCCGCAUUUCACUCUCCAUUCCAUAGCUUCUUCCAUUCAGCACUCGCAGAGUGGUUUCUAGUGCAAUUCUAUAUCUAUGGCAUCUAUUCGGCCUGUAAAUCGGGAUGAUAUUGCGGAACGCUUUGCCCCGCAUGCACCGUCCAGCGGACUAGGCUCAGAUGUGAUUCACACCAACCCACAAGCUCAGAGCCGGAAGAAGAAAGCCCUUGGCCUUGCCACUUCAGGCCACAGUCCGUCUUCUGCAAUACCGCAUCAGCAAACUAGGAUUCAAGAAGGAUUUUCCAUGAAUCCAAUUUCAAGUGUUUCGACUGGUACAGAAUCAUGUGCUGGUCAUCUUAAGCCACAAAUUCUUGAACCAGUUGAAAUUGCCCCCGCAGAAAGUUCCCCUGGAACAGGAAGUACAUCAGACAACCAAAGGUUCACUGGGAAAGGUCACAGAAUUAUGGAAAAUUGUUUAAUUAAGAAAGCUGCAAGAGUAAUAACUAGCUAACUGUACGUGAAAUUCAUUGAUACCACUCUGGGUCUACUUCGUUGUCGAUGUAGAUAAUUUCUUUUCAUAUUUGGAAAUAUCUUCUGAAAGUCUACAGUGUUGAUUUUUUAAAUGAACUUCUUUGGUUUUUAUAUGCUUUAUGCUGUAUUCAUGUUAAUUGGCUACUGAUCUUUUUCUGAUUUGGGACCUUUUGUUAUUACUGUGUGGCUGUGUUUGGUGCCUAUGAUUGGAUUGGAUUGGAUAACUCACUAGAUUCAAGGUAUGUUGAAGGAAGAAAUGGAGGCCAUCUUCCACACUUGGUCCAAGUUUGAGGUAGAAGAUGGAUUAGUAAUGAAGGAAACCUUGUAACUUCCCACACGAUGAAAAAUCCUUCUGCUCUACCUUCAUUUUUUAUUUCGACAUACCUUGAAUCUAAUAAGGUAUCCAAUCCAAUCCUAGGCAACAAAUGUGGUCUACGCUUGUAAAUUUUUUGUAGUGUACU